AUGUUGUUGUAAACAGCAAGUAAACAGACAGACGCAUAUCGUAGAGUAAAUGAUUAAGUAGGAGUAGUGACAUCACAUCGAAAUUUGUUGUCACUGUUGGCUACAACGAUUCAAUUCUAUUGUUAAAGUGUCAAAAUAGUGCGAAACGCCUGAAUCGAUAAACCGUGAAUGAUUUCAAUUGCUCGUGAGAGUCAGCGUAUUUUUUCAGCAUAAACGAUGAAACAUGGGGAAGACCUCAAAGGAUAAACGUGAUAUUUACUACAGACGGGCUAAGGAGGAAGGAUGGAGAGCGAGAAGCGCUUUCAAACUUCUCCAAAUUGAUUCAGAGUUUCACAUAUUUGAAGGUGUAACCAAGGCUGUAGACUUAUGCGCCGCGCCUGGGAGCUGGAGUCAGGUCUUGUCACGAAAAUUAAAUAAAGAUGAGAAUCAAACAGCCAGAAUUGUUGCAGUCGAUUUGCAAGCUAUGGCUCCACUUGACGGAGUUGUACAAAUUCAAGGCGACAUCACCAAAGUUAGUACUGCUGAAGAAAUCAUAAAACACUUUCGAAACGAGCAUGCCGAUCUGGUUGUUUGCGACGGAGCACCGGAUGUAACCGGCCUCCAUGACAUGGAUAUAUAUAUUCAGUCUCAGCUACUCUUGGCUGCGCUGAAUAUUACCACUCAUAUUUUGAAACCACAUGGUAUAUUUGUGGCAAAAAUUUUCCGCGGUAAAGAUAUAUCGCUACUGUAUUCGCAGUUGAAAAUAUUUUUCAAAGAUGUCUACUGCACUAAGCCAAGAAGUUCGAGAAAUUCUAGCAUCGAAGCUUUUGUUGUAUGCAAAAACUACUCUCCACCAGAAGGCUACCAGCCACAUAUGCUAAACCCUUUGCUUACUCACGAGCAUUGUGAUUUCAAUCAGUUAACCGGAAUCAACAGAUAUGUUGUACCAUUCGUAGUAUGCGGUGAUUUAAGUCAACCUGAUUCAGAUGCUUGCUACUCACUUGAGUAUGAAGGAAAGGAGUACAAGUAUCAUGAGCCCAAUCAAUCCCCCAUAUCUCCACCAUACGAAGAGGCGAUAACACUGUUGGAAAAAGGAAAACUUCAGCUCAAAAAACCUGGGACAAGUCUGACAGUAUUUAAUGAACCUGAAUCCUCAAUUUCUGCCUUCAAAGAAAAAUGCACCAUAUCCAGUUCUCCAGAAGAAGAGCCAUCGGUUACAGUAUCCAUCUCUGAUAACAAAGCAUUGAAGGAAAUUGAUGAUGAAUCGAAGUAAUAAAUUAAUGAGAUAUUGUCAACCGA